AUGGCUCGUCAGCUUCAAACCGUUCAAGCCCAACAUCGGGUGCCUGACAGAGGCGAUGCAUGGAUUCUUGGGAGUAGUGUAGCAUCAUUGGCAUCGGCUAUUCAUUUAAUAUGUGAUGCAAAUGUGCCCGCAUCCCAGAUCCAUAUCCUCGAGUCUCGCAACACACCUGGAGAUGGCAUAAUCAGUACCGGUGAUCCACUGAACGGAUAUGACCAUCGACCUGGAUGCAUGCCGAGUUUCAACGACACUUGCAUGGAAAGACUGUUGGCUUUGGUGCCUUCCACUAUUGGCCCUGGAAGAACAGUCUUGGAGGAUAUGAAGGAGCUGUGUAUACAUGAUCAUGAUGAAGAUGUUCCUUGCACGCAUAUCUUGAUCCAAGGGGACCAUGGACCAGUGAAAUUGGAUACUAGGAAACGCCUCGACCUAAAAAACCGGAUGGAUCUGAUGGUCCUCAUCUCAAAAUCAGAGAAAAGUCUGGCUAGGAAACGAAUCAGUGACUUCUUCAGAGAGUCCUUUUUUGGAAGCAGUUUCUGGAUUACUUUAUCUACCAUAUUUGGCUUCCAACCUUGGCAUAGUGCCGCUGAAUUCCGUCGGUGCCUGGGCAGAUACUCGAGCGAAGUUCGGAAUCUAAACACCAACAAACCUCUGGAUUGUACUAAGUAUAAUCAAUUCGAAUCCAUUAUAACGCCGAUGAUCGUUUUUCUUAAAAAUCAAGGAGUGGAAUUUCGACUCAAUACAAGGGUCAAGGAUAUAGCGACACGUCUUGACAGCGGGACGGUUUCGAUUUCGGCAAUUCGCACGCUCCGGGAUCGCGCGGAGGAAACAAUAGCAGUCUCUCCCAAAGAUAUAGUUAUUAUAUCUCUCGGAUCCACUACAUCGGGGUCGUCGAGUGGUACCAACAAUGACCCGCCGUCAAUGACAACUAUGGAAGCAGAAAACGAGCUGGAUGAAAACUGGUCGAUAUGGCUAGACUUGGCAACGCAAAAUCCGAGUUUCGGCGAUCCGUAUAAUUUCUGCACUCGCACCCCUGAGUCCAGGCUGGAAUCCUUUACUGUGACACUUAAAGAUCCCGAAUUUUUUACCCGCUUCAUCAACUUGACCCAUGACAGACCUGGCCUAGGGACGUUCGUGUCUCUGAAAGACAGCAAUUGGAUGAUCAGCAUUUGUAUCCCUCGCCAACCUUUUUUCUCUUCUCAACCCGAAAAUAUAACAGUCUUCUGGGGCUAUGGUCUUCGUCCAGGCCACGAAGGUAACUUUGUGAGGAAACCAAUGCUUUAUUGCUCCGGACAGGAAAUAAUGACCGAGCUGCUAUUGCUACUCGGCUUUCCUUCAGCCUCAAUUCUCGGAAACUCUAUCACGAUUCCGUGCGUGAUGCCGCGCAGGACUGCGUCGAUGUUGCCUCGGACUUAUCAAGAUCGUCCAAAUGUGAUACCGGACGGAACGGCCAACCUUGCUGUGAUUGGCCAAUUUGUGGAUAUACCAGAUGAGACGACUGUGAGUCUAGAUUAUAGCGUGCGAGGAGCCCAGUUGGCAGUGGGUCGACUGAUGGGGUUUUGUAAGGAGCCGGUUCUGGAACUUGCUAUCGACUUAGCUGGCUUUGCUGUGGAAUGUGUCCUGAAAAGUCUAUAA